AUGGUAGCCAAAGGCAAAGUCAAAGUCAAACCACCCAAGGCAAAGGCCCCCAAGACCAAAUCCAAAUCCAAGGACCGCAAGGGUUCAGAAGAAUCUGAGCAAGGUGAAGCCGCUGCCGCGGGUACAGACCCUGGAGGCUACGAGGAAUGGCUCGGCCGAAACACGGGCGGCUACAACUCUUCAAGCUCCAAUUCCACACUCCCGCCGAUUCCAAUCGAGUGGAAUAUUUCACCCACAAACUUGGACUCUGUCCAGUGUCCUUCUGUCGGAGGCACAGUCGGCUGGUUUAUCGCCACGGACCUCUUCUCUGCCGGCACUUCGUUUUUUCUCCUCGUGGUUCUUGUUUCACUAUUCGAACCCGUCGAUAAAAACAAGAAGAAGCCCAACAAAGGGUGCUGGGCAACCGAUAGGAUCUGGCUCACGUGGCUCAUUGGUUUUGCUUUUGAAGCCUUGGGAAACCUCAUCAACGCGGGCAUCGUCGUCACCUCAAAGGGCUACGGAAAACUCGCACUAGGCCAUGUUUUCCUUGUUUAUUCUUCACGUCCACGCAUCAAGAUCUGGGUCUACGCCAUCUUCCGCUCAUUGUGGAUCGAGGAGGACUACAGCUUUAUGACGGCAUACUUCAGCCUAGCAGUCGUUGAAGUCAUCCUGCACAUCAUGUCGGCCACGUUUGUAGGAAUCACCUGGAGCAGGUAUCCAAACGAGCCUAUCAAGGAGUACAUGAGUCCAGUUACCAUGUACAUGCAGGUGGCUGCUGGUAUUUUGGUCCUUUGCGUCCUCCUGGUGGCACCUAUCUGGCGUCGCUCGAAAGACCCUCAAUGGUUGCCCAGCUUUUUCUUGGAUUUUGUCCUCCUCUUCUUGUUCUUUGGGGUUGUCUAUGCUGCACCCUGGGCGUAUUGGGGGAUGUUUCUUCAGCUUCCUGGGCCCUUAUGGUGUCCGCCAAAGAUUGCCGUUCAAGGGUUUGUGUGGGCGGUUUUCUCGACAUUGAGUAGUGGUUUUAGCAUCUAG